AUGCGUUUUCAAGCAAACUUCCAGUGUUUAUUCAUACCCCUUCUUAUCCUUUCGAUUGAUGCUCGACUUCUCCCAUCACAACAUGAGGUUAAUGAACCAUUGACUAUUGAUACCUUGUCAGCCGGUAAUAGUCUUCAAGUUCUUAAUCGACAAACGAGAGCACCAGUUGCCAAUACUACAGUAUGCUAUCCAGUUGUUGGCUGUUUCGAUAACAAUGAACCAUUCAAUAAUGCUGGCUUAGAAGUACCACAAUCGCCGGAAUUUAUUGAUACAGCUUUUCUUCUUUUUACACAAGAAUCACAAACAGACCCAGAAUUUAUUGUUUAUGAUAGCGAUAAAUCUAUUUUGGAUUCCAGUGUAAGUACUUCUCGGUGGCUGAGAAUUAUUAUUCAUGGUUUUCAAAAUAAUCGUGAUAGUGUUUGGAUACCAAAAUUACGAGCUGAAUUACUUAAAUUGAAAAAUGAUGAAAAAUCUGAUGUAAUUGUUGUUGAUUGGGGUAACGGUGCUAAAUUUCCAUUAUAUCCUAAUGCUGUUGCUAAUAUUCGUCUUGUUGGUAGACAAGUUGGCUUACUUUUAAAAAAGUUACACGACUUGAAAGGAAUUUCAUAUGAUAGAAUGCACUGCAUUGGACAUAGUCUUGGAGCACAUGCAUGUGGAUUUACAUCGAAUGCAGUUGAGAAUAAACUAGCUCGUAUAUCAGGCCUUGAUCCAGCUGGUCCAUUCUUUUCAGCAAAGAAGACUAUAGUCCGUCUCGAUAAAGAUGAUGCUAAAUUCGUUGAUGUUAUUCAUUCAAACACAGAAAUUGCUCUAGGGCUUGGUCUUGGAAUAACUGAAGAGACAGGACACAUUGAUUUUUAUCCUAAUGGUGGUCAAACUCAACCUGGUUGCCCUUCAAUUGGUGCACUCAUCGGGGGUGUCAUCGGUGGUCAGAGUGAAGCUGCUUUUGAACAAACAUCAUGUUCACAUGGCCGUUCACAUGGAUAUUUUAUUGAAUCAAUCAAUUCAGAAUGUCCAUAUACAGCUUUUCCUUGCCAUGAUCAUGACAGUUUUAUGAAUGGCAAAUGUCUUGUAUGUCCAAUAUCUGGUUGUGCUCAAAUGGGCUUUUAUUCUAUUUAUUCACUUGGUCGUGGUAAAAUGUAUUUAACAACGAGAAGCAAUUCUCCAUUUUGUGGUUAUCAUUAUUUUGUUGAACUUGUACUUGAUCGGGAUAUGGCUAAAACAAGUGGUGAAAUUUAUGUAGCAGUUUAUUCCAAUUAUGAAUUAUUAGCCAAUGUUAGUUUAACUGAAAGAUCGAAUGCCGAUAUUAAAGCAGGUGAUAUUCUUCGACAUGUAUUCAGUUAUCAUACUGACUUGGGUAAAGUGGAUUAUGCUAUGAUAUAUUUCCAGAAAGCAAAAGCUCUUUUUGGAUGGGGUGGCCAGAAAGGCGAUGAAAUUCUUGUUUCACGUCUUCGCCUUAAAUCACUUGAAGACACUGUGAUAUAUAGCGGACUUUGUGAAACAACAACAAAAAUAGCUGCAUAUACAACGGAAACAUUGUUACUCAAUCGUUUUGAUUGUGAUGAUUAA